GCCCUAAAUUAGCCUUCUGGUUUGGGGGGUCGUCGAAACAAAGAUGGAAGCCGUUGCUUCGGACGUGAAAACAAAUAGCCAAAACCUCAUCUCCCAAUGGGAAUUCAGCUGUGACUUUGAAGUAGAUUAUGAGUCUGAGGAAAAUGCCCGCAUUGUCUAUUCAGCAUUGGUUGUUGAUAAAGAGUUACAGCCAGACAAAGUGAAGAGGCAUAUGUCAAUCUCUAAUGGGAAGCUUUCAGUGCAUUUUGAAGCAGUUGAGGCAAGAUUUCUCCGUGCAUCCUUUAGUGCUUUUGUGGAUGUUCUCACACUCGCCACAAAAACUAUUGAAGAAUUCGCUCAAGGGAUCAUUCUGUGACAGUCAUGUAUACAAUUUCUAAAGCUCCAUCAAAUGAGUUCUAGUUCUAACAAAUAUUUAGCAGUUAUCAAAUUUUAUCGCUGGUUGUAGCAUGACUUUGGCUCAUUUUCUGUCUGGAUGCAAUUUGUAUUUUCAAGGAGUAGAAUUGAAUUUCACUAUAUGAAAUGAAGAAUGAAACUUGUCUAAACUUGUAGACAGAAAUUGAGAAAAAGAAAAUGUUAGGAAUCAAAAUCAGAAUCAAUGUAUACUGAAAUGAUAAAUAGUAUAUCAACCCUUAUUUAUAAAUUAUUG